AUGCCUCCACAAGCCCCUAUUACUAUCGAGGGUUGCUCCCUUGCUGACUUCAAUGAUGUUUUUUUUGGGAUUAUUGAACAAGAUAACGUUCCGCCAGAGGAGUACUACAGGGCCUGCAAUUUGGCCCUGACUGGAAAGGAUACGCAUCGCAAUGUGCAGUAUUCGAUGGAACCCACUCGUAACAGGUUCGUUGCACCCAGAGUCGUUAGGGUCGUUAGGGACUACGACAGUAUCAUCUCCUUCACGGACUGGCUCCCAGUCACAUCUGAUCUCUUUCUGUAUCCCGUCACCAACCCUGAUGAUACCCUGCGGUCAUCUCUGCAUUUGAAGGUGCCCAUGAAAACUUCCAGUCAUGAUGUACGUACCACAUUUGUUAUUUGUGACAUCACCCUCAUCCGGCUCCCUGGGGGACCUCACCAGCCUCCUACACAUUUGUCACCUCAUCGAGUCCCAAACAUAUGCUUGGCUUCAGUCGGCAUCCGCACCAAAGUACGAGCUUUCUUUCCUCGUCUGUACGAUCCAGAGAGGCAAGAUGUCGAGCUCACCCGAGAGCAGAAGAAGGGGAUCUAUGAGAAGGGAGUACGACCCGUCAUUGAAGAGCUCAAUUAUGAGACUUCUACAAAUUGGUCUACAGACUAUGAGGGCGCUCUCACCCGUGCCACCAAGAGAAACAACAGGUAUCAGUACGGUACCCGUCCCUUCCCUGCCAAUAUGGUCUCUCGGUUUGGAUAUAAUCUCCGCCUCGCUUUGAUUGAUGCGUUCCCGUGGGCACGGGACAUGUUAUUUAUGAUCCAAGUUCAGGGUGUCAAAGAGGCUAACCAGCACAAGCCAGAUGAUGAACAUGUUGCAACAACGGCUUUGAGGCGUGCAAUGCAUGAUCUCAACUACCUUGGACUUCUGGACGAACCGCAUUGCUAUAUUGAUGUGGGCCUGGAGCUAUCUGAGCCAAACUACGCAUAUCAAUGGCGAACAGAUGCUCACGGAAAGAUUAUCUUAGCAUACACUACUUCCUACAAUGCCAGAACAGCAGCUACUGUCACAAGGUCUCGCAAUUACCAGAAAGAUUGUGCCUCUGGCUUAAUGCACGUUGCUGGAUUUCGUGUUACAUUGGCCGCAAGAGAUCCAAACGAACCUGUCUACAUGCAGGCUUAUACCACAGACAAAGCGCUCGUCCACCAGCUUGAUGGCGGACGACAUGGCUUGGCCCUCACUGGAAAAGCUGCCUUGAGCCAGAUCACUCCACCGCACAUGAACAAUAUGUACCGACUUUUCAACCAUGCCGCACAGCACCACGACUGCGCUGCUAGACUCGAGAUGCGAUUGCCCAUCAGCGCAGCAGUGCGGAGUGCCCUUUCAGUUCCAGCGGAGUUGAUGUCCCAGUCACUGGAAUGGCGAAUUGUCCGUGCUCUAGGGAUGAUUCGCACCAUGACAUUGCAAAACCAGGGAUCUCCUGACCUUCGCUUCACAUCAAAUAGCCUAUCACUCACAGCUGGACUUCUAUGGCUGUUCAAUGGUCUCUCCUCCCGCCCAGAUGACGGAUCUGCAGCCCGUGAUCUUAUGUGCACUAUUCUUCCCCUGACAGCUGAUUAUGAUCAGGAUGGCUUGCAACUGGUUCCUAGACAAGCUAACCGCGACAAUGGAGAUCAGCUCCCCGUUUGUGCGUAUGGUGCCUUCUUUCUGAGAGAUUUGAUCUGGCCUCCAACUGCUGAUGUUCCACGGAUGCAAUACGGUCAUGUCAUGCACGCUAACUCCUACAAAUACUUUUUCGGCCUCGACUUCCACGCCCUUCGCAACAAGUAUAAUCCUGCUGCUUAUAUUCCUCGUGCAAGGAUUCCUGCAUCUCACGUCGCAACCCAAAAACACAUGUCCAAACGCCACAAGCCUGAGUCCGAUGCACCUGAUGUUGCGGCCAUCUUCCAAGACUUGGAUUUUGCAGUCCCCCCACUCCCGCGAGAUGUGGGAGAGGAUUUACCAUUUGAUGAACGACUGGACCCUCCCCCUACUCUCAAUGAGGCCUUUCCGGUCACCAUCACAAAGCACUGGAAUCAAUUUUGCAGUGACGUUCUCCAAAAAUGCGGUAACAUGAAGGCCCGGCCGCUCCACCCUUCCCAUUGCAGACUCACCAUGAAUGAACGUUGCAAGGUCACAGAUGACGUGUACAAGGAAACAAACCUAGCUGUCAUCUUUUACCGCGUCCAGUGGAGGAGAGCAAGUGUGCUAGAAUGGCGGGAAGCUUUCGAUAAGUUCUUCCCCCCUCUUGGAACGCUCCCUCCUAUCCAACCACAGAAUUAUGCAACCAUGCAAUCCUGGCUUGACUGGGCAGAUAUGAAGAGGGACAAGCCACGAGACGUGGUCGACGCCAUCCGGGCAAGAUACUUGACUCUCUUCAAUCAAUUGGCCUGGGUCCCCAAACCACACAAUGGCCGCCUCUGGAAGUACACUCUGGACGAUAGCUUCACCAUGUUACCUGCCACUCACCGCUUAACCGCACCGCAAGUCAUUGUCAAACCUGGUGCACGCAUUCCAAGUUGGGAUCCUGCAAACAUCCCCGGGGAAAUUCAUUUAGAGGAGGAGGAGGAGGAGGAGGAGGAGGAUCCACAGCAUCCUGAUUAUGUCCCCGCUGCACAGUGGUCUUACGAUACCACAGCUGCACAACCGGUUCAAAUGAUGAAGCAACGAGUGAGACGUUGGGGUGAGAGACCGGUGAUUCGAGCGAGCGUUCUGCGGUUGUGA